AUGCACCUAGGCCCCCGACAGGUCCAACAAAGCCCAACUGCAGCGUGCGCAUUGCUCAGAGAGCGAACAGGCAACGCCACCUUUUUUUCAACGGAUGGAGUUGUAUACGACAAUAAGAGGAAGGCACAUUGGUCACAAACAGCAUGGAAGAGUCCGGCGUGUAUAGUUUCACCAAAAUGCACAGAUGAGGUGAUCGAUGCUAUGAAGAUCUUGCGAUCGACCAACACAACCUUUGCAAUUCGUAGCGGCGGACAUUCACCCCUUUCAGGCUGGGCUGAUGUCAACAAUGGGGUCCUCAUUGCCAUGCGCGACUUGUCCGAUAAAGUCUACGAUGAGGCAACGCAAACUGUGCGUGUAGGUUUCGGCAGCACUUGGGACGAAGUCUACAAGUUGCUCGAAGGCUAUGGCCGAAGUGCAGUGGGCGGGCGUGCCGCCACUGUGGGAAUGGGCUUCAUCUUGGGAGGCGGACUCUCACAUCUCUCCAAUGCAUACGGUUUUGGGUCUGACAACGUGGUGUCAUUCGAGGUUGUGCUAGCCAAUGCUACACUACUCACUGUCUCGGGGACCUCAAAUCCGGAUCUCUUCUAUGCGCUCAAGUCGGGAGCAAACAACUAUGGCAUCAUCACACAUAUAACCAUGAAAACCUUUCCUCUAGGCAAAGUCUGGGGAGGGACAAUUGUUUAUACUGGGGAUUUUCGUGACGAGCUCAUGCAAGCAUUCGCGACAUAUCAGCAAAACGGCCAACGUGAUACAAAGUCGGCUGUGCUUUCCUACCUAGCAAUUAACAACGCUACAGCGUAUGUGAGCUUGAUAUACUUGGACCCUGUAGAGCGCCCGGCUGCGUUUGAGCCAUUUUACAACAUAACCGGAGCCACGAUAGUCGCCGAUACGACUGCUAUACACGACUCUUUCAGCAGCGUCAUUGCUGCAGACAUUGACAGAGUUGUUCCCAGAUGGACGUUUGGAGCUACGACCUUUUACCUUGACAAUGACACCUACCUUGAUGCGGCAAAGAUAGCCCAGGAAGCUACGAAGCAGCUCUCGAAUAUCAAUGGGGCUACCCUAGUCCUCAUGCCACAACCGAUAUCCCGCUCCAUGAUGCAAGCUUCCCAUGCGAGCGGCGAGACCCCAUUUGCAGUCACGGACCGGGAGCAAAUGUGGUUCUGUAUUAAUUUUGGGUGGAAUUUCGCGUCCGACGAUGAAGCUGUCGGCAAAAUCCUCAUGCAUACACUCCACACUAUCGAUGUCCUGACCAAGCAGAGAGGCUUGUAUGAUCCUUUCAUCUUCUCAAAUGAUGCCUACCGCACGCAAGAUCCGCUUCGUAGUUACGGAAUGAAUACGCUGCGGAGGAUGCGCGGUGUAGCCAACAAAUACGACCCGGAGCGAAUCUUCCAGACCCGGGUUCCUGGGGGGUUUAAAGUGGACAGGACAUGA